AUGGAUAAAAGUUGGAUGCAUGCUUCUCGGAUUAGUAGGAAAUAUGAUGAUGGAGUUAAAGAAUUUUUGGACUUUGCAAAACGUCGUCUUCCGAAUAAUAAUGGGAGUUAUACAAAAUGGAUAUGGCAUGGUGAAGGGGGGGAAAGAACUAGUACAUCUAACACUUAUGUUGACAACGAAGCAAAUGAAGAUGAUGAGUCUGAAGAUCGGUUGAAUGAAAUGUUUCGCGAUGUUGGAGAAGAGUUCACCGAUCGAUCAAAUGAGUUAGAUGAAUUAUUAACUGGAAAUGGAUGGAGCGACAAGAGUUUUACAGCUUUACUUGGGUUAUUAAAAGAUAUGCUUCCAGAAGAUAAUGAACUUCCAAAGAAUACAUAUGAUGCCAAGAAAAUUCUGUGUCCCAUGGGUAUAGAGUAUGAAAAGAUACAUGCUUGUCCUAACGAUUGCAUAUUGUUUAGGAAUGAUUACAAAGAAUUGCAUGUAUGUCCAAUCUGUGGGGCAUCUCGAUACAAACCAAGAGAGCAUGUUGUUGGUAAGACAAGUUUAAAAGGGCCACCAGCUAAAGUUUUGUGGUAUCUCCCAAUUCUUCCAAGAUUUAAGCAUAUGUUUUCAAAUCCAAGUGACGCGAAAAACUUAACAUGGCAUGUAGAUAAAAGAAUAUCUGAUGGAAAGCUUCGGCGCCUUGCUGAUUCUCCUCAAUGGAAAACCUUUGAUAAUGCUUUUCCUGAAUUUGGCUAUGAGUCUAGAAAUCUUAGACUUGGACUUUGUACUGAUGACUUGAAAAAAUUGUGGGAUGAAGGUGUGCUAGUGUUUGAUGCAUACCGGAAAGAGAAUUUUAAGUUGCAAGCUAUGCUUUUCUGCACAAUCAAUGACUUUCCAGCUUAUGGAAACCUGUCUGGGUAUAGUGUCAAAGAACAUAAGGCAUGCCCUAUUUGUGAAGAGAACACAUGCUAUUAUCAACUUGUUCAUGGUAGAAAGACAGUUUACAUGGGUCACCGGAGGUUUCUUGAUAGAUUUCACCCUUAUAGGAGAUUAAAAAAGGCUUUCAAUGGGCAACAAGACUAUACAAAUGCUCCACAACCACUGAUUGGGAUUGAAGUUUAUGAACGUGUCCAAGGUAUAAAUGUUACUUUUGGUAAGACUCAAAAGCUAAUAUCUCAAAGAGACAUAAAGGGUAAGACUAAAGAUGGACUCAAUGCUAGAUUAGACUUGAUUGAAAUGAACAUACGAGUCAUUGUUACUUAUAUUGAACAGUUAAAAAGAAUGUCCAAAUUGACGAUUGAAUCCGCUGUGCAAAAAUCUUCUUCUGUUGAUAAGAUUAUAGUUGAUCCGACUUCUUUGAGUCCUUUAUGUCAAAAGGCAUAUAAAGUUGCUCAAAAACUAGAACAAAAUCUUGUGGUGCACAUGUCUCGUGGUAUUGUGGGCGACAUUGAAUAUGAUGUAUAUCUUGAGAAGUUGGAGAUCAUGCGGUUUUUGAAUAUGGAGACGAUGGAUAUUUCUUGUCUGCAGUUCUUUAUAAGGUAUAAGUUCUUUGCUAUUAUUUGUUUAUAG